AUGUCAUGUACAUGCAUUCCUGCAGCCAUAGACGGGAUACCCUAUAAUCAAAUCAUUGGCACAGUGUUUGGAGAUUGCGUGAGAUCGAAAUACGAGUAUGUGAGCUUCUCACUCGGUAUCGUAGGCCUAAUCGCUUAUUUUUUCUCAAUGAUGCCCCAAAUGAUUGAAAACUACCAAAACCAGUCGGCCGCUGGAUUGUCUAUAUCAUUCAUCAUGUGCUGGCUACUUGGCGACUCGGCUGGCCUCGCAGGGACGUUCUUGACAAACCAGCUGCCAAUCCAGAAACUGACUGGUGCCUAUUUCGUGUUAUCGGAUGCUGUAAUACUCGGGCAAAUACUCUACUAUGGACACCGUAAUCGGGCCAUGUCUUCAGCGGACGAUGAGAUAAUACAGCAGGGUGAAGAAGACCCGUUACUUGACACGUCACCACGAUCAAACAGCUCCUCGUCAUCUUUAACCUCAUAUACCUCAUCAUCGUCAACAACAUCACUAUCUUCCUCAUCUGCCUCAUCAUCGUCGACGAAAUCAACUAGACAUCUAAUAACAAUUGCAGCGAUAUGUAUGGUCGCCUGUUGCUUAAUAGUGCCAGCUCAGGCAGCCUCAUUAAUCGAUGAACCUCAGCGGUUGUGUAAUGAGCCAUUCCCUGUCUCUAAUAUCGGUCAAGCAGCUGGAUCUUUAUUGGCGUGGGCAAGUGGCCUGCUUUAUUUAUUUUCUAGGAUACCGCAGGUCAUCAAGAAUUAUAGAGAAGGCGUUGAGGGCCUGUCGCCAAUGUUAUUCCUCAUUACCACGAUAGGGAACGUCGCCUACGGUCUACAGAUAACUAUGAGAUUUCCUCCCGUAAACCAGAGAUUUUUUGCUGCAGUGUUACCGUAUCUUAUGGGUUCCUUUGGAGUUCUAUUCUUUGAUCUGGUGAUUCUAGCUCAGACGUAUCUGCACGGUAAACGAAUGGUGGUGGUUUAG